GCGAAAGAAAACGCGUGCUGAUACGUCUGAUUACCUGCAGAUGGGCCGACAUGGCGUCAUCUGCCUCAUGGGGCUCUCGCUCUCUGGACACGCGCUGAUCACCGCCCCCGGCCGGAUUAGCGAGGCGCUUUCGGCAAUAUGAAGAAGAACUUACUUUCUA